CAAGAGGUUCAAUAACUCAGGAGCGGCGGAAUAGGAAAGAAUAGGCGGAGAACAAAGGAAAUUGAAGCACUAUCGUUGGGGUCCUGAAGUCAGUUAGGCUUUCUGAAUGCAUGACUUUGGCUUGGGGGGUGAUGCGGUUGACAUGGUCAAGUACCGGGGGAAUUCGAAAAGCGUGAAAGCACAGGCAGUCCUCGAUGCAUGCAAAUGGAGAAAUCUGGACGGCCUUCGGGCCCUUGCCGAAUCUCCGGGCGGCUUCUUAUCCGACAGCCUUCGUCAACAAGCCUGGCCGGUAUUGCUCGGGCUGCCUCGGGAAUGCGAUGACCAAGAGCAGGCCUGUGAAAGCUGGAAGGGGCUUCCACGCCAUAGAGACGAGGACCAAGUCCAGCUUGAUGUCAACAGGGCGUUUAUCUAUUACCCCCAGCAUAUAACCGAGUCUGAACUAGAACACCAGAAAGAGGAGCUUUCGUCGCUCAUUGUCGAGGUGCUUCGGCGACACCCCUUUCUAUGCUACUUCCAAGGCUACCACGACAUCUGCCAGGUGCUCCUGCUCAUACUCCCGCCACCGCUGCGCACCCCGGCCGUUGCCCGCCUUUCCGCCCUCCGCAUCCGCGACUUCAUGCUCCCGUCCCUGACGCCCGCCAUCCACCAGCUCCGCCUCAUCCCCGACAUCCUGCGCGCCUCGGAUCCGGCGCUCUGGCGACACCUCAGCACCACCGAGCCCUUCUUCGCCCUCUCCGGCACGCUGACCAUGUACGCGCACGACAUCACGACGCUGGGCGAGAUCGCCCGCCUGUUCGACGUGCUGCUCGCCCGCGAGCCCGUCUUCAGCGUCUACAUGUUCGCCAAGAUCAUCAUCGACCGGCGCGCCGAGCUGUUCGACACGCCCUCGGACGAGCCCGAGAUGCUGCACAGCAUCCUGUCCAAGCUGCCCCGGCCCCUGGACCUGGACCGCCUGAUCUCCGGCGCCGUCGGGCUCUUCGACGCCCACCCGCCCGAGACGCUGCGCUCGUGGCGCGCCAUCUCCGGCGCCAGCGUGCUCAAGACUGCCCGCCUCGUCGGCCUGUCCGCCGCCCAGACCAUGGCCGACGGCGAGGCCUUCUUCGACCGCCAGGUCAGGGAGCUGCGGUGGAUGGAGAGGAGGGACAAGAUCCACGAGGCCCUGUGGAGGUAUCGCCGGCCGGUAGGGGCGCUGGGCCUGGCGGUCCUCGUCGGCGUCGUAGCUGUCUUGGCCGCACGCAAGUCGUCGGGGCCCCUGGGCUAUGUGUCGGCCUUGUUGGGCCGGUGGGUUAGGUAGUAAGUUACAUACAGUUGCCAUCGAUCACGGCUUUGCUAGGUAGCUUUUACUCUGUAAAGUACGGCAAUUUUGAUCAGGUCUGUCUGGUUGCAAGAGGGCUGCUUGGAAGGAUAUGGUAAUAUGUGGCGCUAUGGGGAUACCUAGAUUGUGUCGUCACAGGGCACACAUUCCGUUGCAAGUCUAUAGACGUUGUUUAUGUUUGGCGUUAAGAGCUAUGCACUCCACCUCAAACAAAUAGACGCUCGCGAGCAAAAUUCUGGCC